AUGCCAUGCUUCGUUAUCCGCCAGGCCUUACGACCUCUGAUACCUGGCUGCCAUGCAGAAGAUAACCUACUUUCCUUGGCAGCAACCUGCAUUCGAUCUUGGGCAAAACUGGAUGCAGACUCGCUCCGCUACCUCUCCACCCAAAAUUUUGUGGACAUGGCGUUGAUUCUCACUGGCACUGGCCCACAAUAUGUUCUCAAGCAACAAACAGCACAAGCUCUGCAGAUCAACAAGAUGCUCUACAUUAGCAAUGAUUUCGCAGAUUUGGUGUUGGCCAAGGCAAUCAAACACCGAGGCAAAGUCCACACGAUGUUCAACGACAUCACAAGUGAUUGGGUCUCUCGAGGAAGCUCUUGCGCACUGCUUGGUUGCCGCAGAGGAGAUACCCGCCAGGCAGUCUUUCAAGAAGUCGUGGCCUUGAAGCCAGUGCGUGACUUGCAUGCAGGCUUGGUUGAAGCUGCCACUGAGCGCCAAGAAUGGCUUGUUUGCAGUCAUGAUGCAACAUAUCAAGUAUUGUUCAGCGCCAUUGGACAAGUGCCAAUGCAACAGAAACAAGGUGAAUUCCAUGCCCUUCACACGUUUCUUGGCCGGUCGGGCGCUGUGCCUGGCUUCAGCCUUCAGCGCACGGAGGGUCCUGCUCAGUUUCGGGCGGCCAUUGCUGAAGUCCUGCCUCAAGCUGCUCGGGACACGGUCAAGUACAUCUUCUCUGAUAGCCCUACCUCUGUAGAAGGCGCGGCCGAAGUCUUGCCAAACUUGGAAGCUGUCGCAGAAGAUGCUUUGCAUUUGGUGCUGCGCGUGGAAGCUUGUACUGGAGAGAAGCAGAGAAGCGCACUGCCUUGUCCUCAUGCUUGCUCAAGAUCCAAACCCGCUUCCGCCUGCCAUACGCAGCUCCGUCCUUUCGUGGCCAUGCUGUGGAAGACCCUCCUGAUGCCGGAGUAUAUCAAUGACAUCCAAGCCCUUUGCACUGCGUUUCCAGACAACAUGGGCCACAAGGACAAGAAAGGGCGCACAAUCCGCCAGAUCUUGAAGGCCGGGGCUUCCUACACUCAUUUUCGCUACUUGUGGAACGGAUCGCACAUCAUCUCUGCACUCCACGACGUGCUGCCACCUGCGGAGCUCCAACUCCUGAGUUUUGGCACGUGCAGCAAUGAAGCCUUGCACUUUCAAUUGAAAGCUUGCCAAGAGCAAAUCAUCCAGCAGCACAUCCAAACCUUCCCACCACAACUUGCAGCUUUCAGCUUGGCCAAGAUGUUGGCCCACCAUUCGGCCGCAUACUUCCACACCUUGGCACAAAGAAAGGAGUCUGAGAUUCUCAGUUUAAUGCAAGGCUGCUUGAAAAAGGGUUUUCUGCCAGCUCUUGAGGAAGGGCAGGUACAACCCAUUAUCAGCAGGCAAGACUUGCGCAAGCCAGUGCGCAGGGUGGAUCCUGGGAAGUUGGCCGCAAGAAAAGAAACGGCUGCACAAAAGGCCGUACAAUGGAAGAAGGAGAACCGCAACCGACAGCUGAAGAACAAGGAGAAAGUUCAACAUAAAGGCGCCUUCAAGCGCACCGUCUUUACUCAACAGAA